AUGGCUGAGGCUGUUGUAACACAGGCCUUGUCCCUUGUCGGAUGGGCAUUCUUGCCUGCUUAUGCCACGGCCUUUCUCCAGUCAAUCUACUACCGGCUCACAAUUCGAGCGGGAUCACGGCACCCGCAGCCUGGAGAGCCUCUGUUUGCAUACCACAAUCGACGAAUCCGCGUCUUUGUAUUGUCCCUCUACCUCUGCUACACCCUAAUUCAGGCCCUUUACGAUGUCAAACUGGCGGGCGAUUUCUACACCCUCCUUGGAGUCACGCCUUGGUCGAUGGAGAGGGAGGUCAAGAGUCGAUUUAGGAAACUAGCCUCGAAAUACCAUCCAGACAAACUCCACGAAAAUGGCCAGUCUUUAUCGGACGCCGAUACCAUAUUCGUCCAGUUCAGGCUAGCUCAUGAUACCAUUCUGGAUCCGGCCAAAAGAUUCGCGUAUGACCGAUUUGGACCUGUGAUUGUUCAGGUUCAACAGCCAGGGUUGAAGUCCAUUAGGGACUAUGUGUAUGCGGGUCUCCGUUCCAAGGUCCCGGAAUACGUGUCGAAUGCGGCCAUGCUCGUUCUGCUGAAUUAUAUCUGGCUACCAAAAUGGGGACAAUUCUGGCGCUAUUUCGCCGUGGCUUGUAUGGCCUCUCUGGAACUCUAUUUUCUGACCCACACCUGGGAGCCUCCGAGACUGGCCACGCUUUGGGCUUCCAUGGCCCAGAAGCUGUUACCACAACUACUGCCUCCUCAUCUCUUACCAUAUCAAAUCCUUGGCUUAGCAAGGCGGGUGUCCAUGUCCCUCAAUGUUUUCAUCUCCCAGCUCGCGCCUCCCUCGGCAAGAGAUCCGACCACAAGAGAUCUCCAGAGUCAACAGCAGGUCACGCUUCUCGCUCAAGCGGCCGAGAGAUUGGGUGCCGAGUCUGGUAGUCUCCUGCAGCUGGGACUGAGCCCAUUCAAAGGCAGCCGAGAGAAAUCAGAGAUUCUGAGGUCAGGCAUGCAAGAGUCUUUGCUCACAGGAGCAUUGAGGAAGAAUCCUGAGGUUCGGGAGGCGGUACAAAAGGCCCUGGACCGGAGGAGACGUGGCCCGAUUUUGCAAGAACCAGACUGA